UCGAGCUGUUUAUCUGCCACCAUGUCCGCUGGAGGAGACCUGGGGAACCCCCUGAGGAAAUUUAAACUCGUGUUUUUGGGAGAGCAGAGCGUGGGGAAAACGUCUCUCAUCACUAGAUUCAUGUAUGACAGCUUCGACAACACAUAUCAGGCGACCAUUGGAAUUGACUUCCUAUCGAAGACAAUGUACCUGGAGGACCGGACAGUAAGGCUGCAGCUGUGGGACACAGCUGGACAAGAGCGUUUCAGGAGCCUCAUUCCGAGCUACAUACGAGACUCGACGGUGGCUGUGGUUGUCUAUGACAUUACAAAUGUAAAUUCAUUCCAGCAGACCUGCAAAUGGAUUGACGAUGUCAGGACAGAGAGAGGAAGUGAUGUCAUCAUCAUGCUAGUAGGCAACAAGACAGACCUGGAAGAGAAAAGGCAAAUCACGAUCGAGGAAGGAGAGCAGAGAGCCAAAGAACUGAACGUCAUGUUCAUCGAGACCAGUGCCAAGACAGGCUGCAAUGUCAAACAGCUGUUUCGUCGAGUUGCAGCAGCCCUACCUGGAAUGGAAAGCCUGGACGAUGCAAAUCCUGAAGGCAUGAUUGACAUCAAGCUGGACAAACCAGCGGAACCAGCUGUGCCCGAGGGCGGGUGCUCAUGUUAAUGCAGAGCUGCACUUGGACAGCUCCCUUCACACCAUAGGCUUGUUGUGUUGCUUAAUACUGGUUAGCUUCCAGUUGACUUCUCCAAUUGGAUAUAGGAUGUGGGCCUUGUAUCUGAUUGGACAAAUCAAAUGUUAUCUUUCAGUCUUGUUCAGUUGUAAAAUAUUGUAUACUUUGUCAAUAUGUAAGUGACUGGAGGAGAAAAGGGAAGAAAACAAUUGUUGCAAUGAAAAUGAACACACACACACUGAAAAAAAACAGUUUGGAGAAAAAUGAGGAAACCAAUGGAGUUCUUUUCGCUGUUAUGUUUUGUAUUUUUUAUAUAUAAAAAGGGAAAGCACCAAAAAUGAUGCCUAAACACAGAAGGAGAAAUAGCAGGAGGGUCGGCCAUUUUUCUAAAUAGCUGAACAUGUCUGAAUGUCUGCAGCACGCAUGCACGCUGAUCUGAUCUUUGACCUUUGGCCUGCCCUACAGGGUCUCCGUGCUCUGGAAGGAGGCUGACUAUCUUAGAAUGUUUUAUAGCAUCUCUCUAUAGCAUCUCAUGACAAGACGUAUCUCAUUUGAUAUUCCCACAACUUCCAGUAGGAUCACCUAACAGUAGCUGUGAAAAUGUGGCACUCUAUCUCUCUAUGGGUUUAACUUUUAUAGAACAAACUGUACUGUGGUUAAAAAAGAAGUAAUAAAGAGACAACUUACUAUCACAACUCCCUAACCCUCCUAAAAGUCCUCUCCUCUUCCUUCUCUCCUCCCGCUAUCCUUCUGUCUUUCCAGUCUCCCCAUCCCUCCAUCCCGGUAAUACACAUAUAACAAUCCACUGUAAUGCACCGCACUGUAUAUAAUAAUGUAAUAUGUAUGUUGUGAACGUCCCUCUGUAGAAGUGGUCCUUGUUCACCAGUAUGAAUAAUGUAAUAAUGUUUAAUGAUUAAUAAAUUACAGAUUAAAGGGCUUCACUCUCCUAACCAUCAACAUUUACCUGGUAGCAA